AUGCGAUCGCUCCUCGCCCUCGCAGCAGCGGCGCCGUUGCUCUGCGCCGCUGCCGCCGCAGUCGUCCCGGGACUUCCCCUCGACCCCCGCGACGUCACCAGCCCGGACACGCCCUGGAUCUCCAUCGACGCCAGCGGCGCCGCGCACACCGUCACCCCGUCCGUCAGCCGCGACAGCAGCGGCGGCGCCCCCAGCACCGUCUCGGGCCCGCCUCCGCAGCUCACCAGCACGGCCGCCUACACGCUGACCGUGUCAGGCACGCCCACGACCGUCACGGGCCAGGCGCCCGCCGUCAGCGCCACGGGGGCCGCGCCGGGCUCGCCCGAGGGCGUCUUCUUCACGUGCGACAAGUACGUCGGCCAGGACAAGCCGUUCUGCCUGCCGCAGCGCGGGGCGGCGCUGUACCCCGGCCGGACGUACUACAUAACGUGGUACACGGCCUACUUCGCCAACCCCCGCACCGUCAUGGACAUCGACAUCACCUACGGCAACGGCCAGGGCGUCACAUUCCCCAACCUCGCCGCCUCGCAGGGCUACUUCGCCUGGACCGUCGACGCCGACAUCCUCUCCAAGCAAGGGCUGUCGCAGCUGUCCAACGUCACCAUCGGGCUCUCCUACUUCGAGACCCCCGGCGACAACGCGUCCGACGUGCUCCUGCCGGGGCCCUCCGUCUUCAUCGUCCCCGCGCCCAGUCCCCCGAGCUCCGGCCCCGGCACGGCGGCGAUCGUCGUCAUCGUCGUCGUCGUCGUCGCCGCGCUGCUCGUCGCCGCGCUGCUGGCGUGGUCGUGGCGCGCGCGCGGCCACCCCUUCGCGCUGUGCAUGGGCCGCGGCCUGCGGAGGCGGUCCAUGGGCGGCGGCGUCCGAGGUUCCGGCCAGGGCUACGGCGUGCGCAAGAGCCACGCGGAGCGCACGGCGGGCGUCGCCGCCGCCGCCCCGGACCCGGACCCGGACAGCAAGGCGCGCGGCGUGGAGCUCACGGACCGGGAGAGCUGGUCGCCCACGCAGGGCGGCGGCGGCGGCGGGCGGAACGUGUUCCGCGAGGAGGUGCAGCGCCAGGAGAACGAGAGGUGA